CUGGACGACAUUACAACAAUCUACAAGCAGACAGGAGAAACAAACGUCACUAUGCCGAAGACGCUACAGAAAGUACACAAGCAUAUUGCGAAGAAGAGAGGAGCGGUUGAGGCUCUUCACGAGUUCAGCAGAGAUGCCAGAAGAUUACGCCGUGCCACCGCUAGAGAUGACCGAGUCGCUCGAGUGUCCGCCAAUAUGUCGCGGGGCAGACAAACCUAUGUUGACCGCAUUGCAUACUUCUACGAGACGCUACCCGAAGAUGCCACACCCAUGUCGGAAGACGAGAUGAAGGAUAUCGUGGUGAGGUACAUCAACCGUAGUGUGCCCGAGAUCGAGCAAUUACAGAGCGAGAGACGGAAAGGCAGACCCCCCAGCAAGCGGGAAGAGGCGUUGCUGCAGCGAACCGAUGUUGAGAACAAGGAAUUCAAGACGGGCUUUUGGUUGCCUGAUCUUAGUGAGCAGAGUGUGAUCAACUCGCUUAGAGCUUGGAAUGGCGAUUGGUCUGGCUUGAGCACAAUGAAGUUCAUCCGGAUCACUAAGGAUGGAGGCAAGCAGCCUUCGGUAUUUCCUCCCAAGGGAAUGUCUUGAAAGAUUUCCUUCGUCUUCUGUGUGCCGAGUUGCAAAAAGUUUGGGUGCUAUGCUAUGUUGCGGGAAUCUCAUGGGACUAUGGCGUUAUAAUUGCAUAUAAUUCAUGUAUAGAC